AAAAUGAGGCUUUUUUUAAUUUGUUUUUUUUUCUUCUUUUUUUCUUAAUUCGAUUUCAAUCAUGUCUGGUAGACAAGGUGGUAAGCUUAAGCCUCUCAAGAAGCCCAAGAAGAGUCAACACGAAGAAGAUGAUGAAGAUGUUGCUUUCAAGAAGAAGCAACAAGAAGAAGCCAAGAGGAUGAAGGAAUUACAACAAAAGGCUGCUGGCAAAGGUCCUUUGCUUGGUGGUGGUAUCAAGAAGUCUGGCAAGAAAUAAGCUAAUUGAUAUGUAAAAUAAAAUAAUGCCUGACGUUGUGCAAAAUACGUUUGCCAUAUUA